CACUGGUUUACUGAGCUACCUCCGGUCUUGACCUUUGAGCUCUCAAGAUUUGAAUUCAAUCAAGCUUUGGGAAGGCCAGAAAAGAUACACAACAAAUUAGAAUUCCCUCCGGUUUUAUACCUGGACAGGUAUAUGCACAAAAACAGAGAAACUACACGAAUAAAAAGAGAUGAAAUCAAGAGACUGAAAGAAUACCUCACAGUAUUGCAGCAGCGAUUAGAAAGAUAUUUAAGCUACGGUUCCGGUCCUAAACGAUUCCCAUUGGUAGAUGUCCUACAGUAUGCGUUGGAGUUUGCAUCAAGUAAACCAGUAUGCACAUCUCCUAUUGAGGAUCUUAGUACUAGUGCUGUUCCUAGUGGUCCUUUGUCAACACAUGCAAUACCAAGCACAGUAGAACAACAGGGGCCUUCUACAGAAACACAGAGUGCAGCACCUACCCAGCGAUCAGUUAUACACAAGCCAUUUACACAGUCACGGAUUCCUCCAGACCUACCCAUGCAUCCAGCACCACGGCACAUAACUGAAGAGGAGCUAUCAGUACUAGAGGGCUGUUUACACCGUUGGAGAAAAGAGGUGGAAAAUGAUACUAGAGAUUUGCAAGAAAGCAUAGCUAGAAUACAGAGAACAAUUGAGUUAAUGUACUCUGACAAAUCAAUGUUGCAAGUUCCUUAUCGGUUACAUGCGGUGUUAGUUCAUGAAGGCCAGGCUAAUGCAGGACAUUAUUGGGCAUAUAUUUUUGACAGUUAUCAACAGAGGUGGAUGAAGUACAAUGAUAUUUCUGUGACAAAAUCUACUUGGGAAGAGCUUGAGCGUGACUCAUUUGGUGGUUAUAGGAAUGCAAGUGCUUAUUGUUUAAUGUAUAUCAAUGAUAAAGAACCACUUUUUAUACAAGAAGAAUUUAACAAGGACACUGGGCAUAUGAUUUUUGGAUUGGAUACAUUACCUCCUGAUUUAAGAGAUUUUGUUAAAGAAGACAAUAAACGUUUUGAAAAAGAGUUAGAAGAAUGGGAUGCACAGCUUUCUUUGAAAGCUCAACAAGAAAAAAUAUCCCCUGUUCCCAGGGUGCCUAUGUCAUCUACUACCCAAGAACCAGAGUAUUUGGAACAACCCUCAACAGCUGAUUUCUCAAAACAGUUGAAAGAAGACUCUAUACGAGCAAUCACAAAAGCAUUUACUGAACAAGAAGAUAAGAAUCCUGAAACUAUUAUGCACAUGAAUUCUCAUAAUGACCCAAUUGGAACAGCUCCAAAUCAAAAAGUUGUAGAAGUGACGAUUCCUGAUAUAGGGACUUACGUGGUUGAGUCAGAGGAAGGGGGGUAUGAUGAUGAGGUUAUGCUGACCCCGAACAUGCAAGGUAUUAUAAUGGCUAUAGGUAAAGCCACGCAUAUAUAUGACAGGUGUGGGCCAGAAGCAGGGUUCUUUCAGGCAAUAAAAUUUGAAUAUGCAAGAUUACUCAAACUGGCCCAAGAAGACACACCACCUGAGCGUGAUUAUCGUUUGCAUCAUGCAAUUGUAUACUUCAUCCAGAAUCAGGCCCCAAAGAAAAUAAUUGAGCGAACAUUGUUGGAGCAGUUUGCAGAUCACAAUUUAAGCUUUGAUGAAAGGUGCCGUAAUGUGAUGAAAGUGGCUCAAGCCAAACUUCAAAUGAUAAAACCAGAUGAAGUCAACAUGGAAGAUUAUGAGUGGUGGCACCAAGAAUACAUAAAUUUCAGAGAGACAACAAUAUAUCUCAUGGUGGGAUUGGAACAUUUUCAAAAGAGGAAUUUUAAAGAAGCUUUGUUAUAUCUAAUAUGUGCAUAUCACAAGAAUAAAGAACUAUCAGCAAAUGGUUUGUAUAGGGGGCAUGAUGAAGAACUGAUAUCCCAUUACAGAAGAGAAUGUUUGCUGAAACUAAAUGAGUGUGCUGCUGCACAGUUUGAAUCUGGAGAUGAUCAACAGGUAAAUAAGGGCCUGGAAAUUAUGAAUGAGCUUAUCGUCCCUUGUCUACCAUUAUUGCUGGUGGAUGAAACGGAGGAAAAGGAUAUUGUUGCUGUGGAAGAUAUGAGAAACAGGUGGUGUUCAUACCUUGGACAAGAAAUGGAGCCUAAUUUACAAGAAAAAUUGACGGAUUUUCUGCCAAAAUUGCUAGAUUGUUCUACAGAAAUUAAAAGCUUCAAUGACUCACCGAAAUUACCUUCUUAUUCUACCAAUGAACUGUGUGAGCGUUUUGCCCGAAUCAUGUUGUCCCUCAGCCGAACUCCAGCUGAUGGAAGAUAAAUACGGAAGACCUUCCUUAUGCACACUGUAUAAACUGUUUUUUAUUCUUAAUCCUUGCCUUCCUGUCACAGGAUUUGCUUGUUGCUGCUAUAGUUUUUAACUCUUUCAUUUUAAUAAGUGUAAGAAAAGAAAGCGGAUUGUACAGAAAUUAGCCAGACUGCAGACAAUAUUACUGAGAAUCGCAUGGUACUCAGUUCCUAGUCAGCCAGAAUUUGUGCAACAUUACAAGUCUGAUUUAUUUUGGCAAACCUGCUUUUUUGCCACUUACCUGUUACAGUAUUAUUUCACUUUUAACUUAAGAUCUUUUACUUCAUGAACAGUUUUCUGUUCGGUCUGGACUAUUCUGUGACUCCAUCAAUUUUAAAGUGACCAGUGUACAAUACAUGAUACCUGGUAGCUUGUAAAUUACAUCAAAGAAUAAAAAAGUUUUAUUUAUGGCUG